CAAAGAUGGUGAAACGCAGAGAGACAGAUGUGCAGUUUUAAACGUCCCGAUGUCUAAAUCGCCAGUGAAUAAUCACGCGGACGACGGCCGAUAUGCGAGCGGGCAGUCGUGCGUAGCCUGCAGACGGGAUUGAGCGUCACAAGUUGAGAGAUUUGUCGUGAUCCAGGCAUCGCUCGUGGAUCCGUAAUCGCGGCACGAAGGUACGCGGAGAGGUGCAGAAUGUGUCUUUGUUUAUGGAGAUCAGCUGUGCCCCCCAAAACAUCUCGCGUCACCCUUCCCGUUUCGCGCGCUCUCCUCGCGAUCAGCGAGCCACGCUGCUAUUUUCGUCGAAUAAAGGUCAGCCGAAUUCUGCCGAAUGCGGGGACGAAGUGAUCGAGGAGCACGCGUGACGUUCUUCACCGCGCACCGUCCGUACGUGCAGACAAUUCGAAAGAGCUUUCUUGGAAAAAGAAAAAAUGAUAGAAAAAAAGAGAAACCUGACUCAGUGUGAAGAUCUUCCGACUUAAAGAGAGAGAGAGAGAGAGAGAAGUCCAUUGUUUGUUUGCGUUUCCCAAGAAUAGCGCAAACUAAGCUCUUGUUGUUAAAUCGCAUUUUGCUUCGGAGCAUCAAGCUUUGUUGUUUCUGUGCGAGAAAGUACGAAUUUUGCAACACACGAGUAGUUCGGGUUUUGUGCUACAGACACCGUAAAGUUUAAUUCUCUUUGAUUGUCUCUAAAUAUUAUUAUUCAGAGAAAAAGUGGGCAUGAAAGAAAAGUGUGUCGUACAAUGAUUAAUGUAAUUAUGCUUGUGGAGCAACCAUUGACUGGUAGCUAAAUAAAUUUUAUGACAUGAAAGAAUGAAACGAGAAACUGUCAUUACUAUUGUAGAGCCUGAUCGACGAGCACAAACGAUGACGACGGUGUUGGACAGCAGCUAUCAACGCAUACAGCCUUACGAAGGACAGGAGGAAGAUGCGGAUGAUGAAGACGAUCGCGAGGAGGCACCUCAAGAAUCAGGUGUCAUCAUCCAUGUGGUACCGGAGGGUAACAAAGCACGAUGGAAUCACAUUGAAGACCUAGAUUCAUUCUUCACGCGAAUGUACCACUAUCAUCAGCAGCACGGCUUCGUCUGUAUGAUGCUCCAAGAAAUUUUGGAAUUACUGCAAUUCUUUUUUGUAGUCAUAUUUGUUACCUUCCUCUUUCAUUGCAUUGAUUACAGCAAAUUAUAUAGUGGUGGUGGAGAUGCCAACGAUACCAGCCACAAAAGCGAUGCGAUAAUGUGCAUGGGAGAUUGCAUAAAAUCGAUCUCUUCAUUUUAUUGGAGUCUUCUCGUAGUCGCGACAAUUUUCUUUAUCCUCCAAUUCCUCAAAGUUUUGUAUCACCUGAUGCAAUUCUGGGAGAUCAAAAUGUUCUUCAAUACAGCGCUUAAAAUCGCUGAUAGCGAGCUAGACAAUUUUACAUGGCAUGAAGUUCAGAAACGUGUGAUAGAAGUGCAGAAAGAGCAAGAAAUGUGCAUUCACAAAAGAGAACUUACGGAAUUAGAUAUAUACCAUAGGAUAUUAAGACAUAAAAAUUACAUGGUAGCUAUGAUCAACAAAUCACUCUUACCUGUGCGACUCAAAGUACCUAUUAUAGGGGAAGUCAUUUUUUUGACACGAGGAUUGAAAUAUAAUAUGGAAUUAUUACUAUUUUGGGGACCAUGGUCACCAUUCGAAAAUAAUUGGCAUCUAAAGGAAGAUUAUAAAAAGUUGAACAAAAGGCAAGAACUUGCACGAUCCUUGUCUAAACAUAUUCUGUGGGUCGGUAUCGCAAAUUUUGUCCUGUGUUUCCUUAUUCUUCUAUGGCAGGUUCUUUAUACGUUUUUCAAUUACGCUGAAACUAUUAAACGAGAGCCAAGUGUUCUGGCGAUGCGGACAUGGUCCCUAUAUGGUCGAUUGUACCUGCGACAUUUCAACGAACUCGAUCACGAAAUGAAUGCGCGUCUCAGUCGCGCAUACCGUCCUGCUUCAAAAUAUAUGAGCAGCUUUACGUCUCCGAUAAUGACAAUAGUCGCAAAGCAAAUAGCGUUUAUCACCGGUAGCGUAUUAGCAGUGUUAUUGGUUAUAACGUUGAUCUAUGAGCCAAUAUUCUCGAUGGAACGCGUAGUCGCUUACAUGACCAUGUUAGGCGCGGUGGCAGCAGCCGCAAAGGCAAUUGUACCCGAUGAGAAUCUAGUUUGGUGUCCCGAGACUCUUCUAACUGCUGUGCUGGCCCACACACAUUAUAGACCGGAUAGUUGGCGAGGGACUGCUCAUACGCAUACCACCAGAGCCCAGGUAGCACAGUUAUUCCAAUAUCGCGCGGUGCAUCUGUUGGAAGAAUUGGUUUCUCCUUUCGUAACAACGUACAUUUUGUGCUUCCGUAUGCGACACCGAGCUUUAGAGAUUGUAGACUUUUUUCGUAAUUUCACAAUUGAAGUGGCUGGAGUCGGUGAUGUGUGUAGCUUCGCUCAGAUGGACGUACGUAGGCACGGCAAUCCCAUGUGGCAGACUGUAGCGCACAGUCCGACAGUCUCUCCGUUGCCAGAGGAGAGACUGCAUCGUAGUGCAGGAUACGACAAUCAAUACGGCAUCGAUCCAGACAAGUAUCACAUACCGAUGUCGAAUCAUUAUACCCAGGCCGAAGAUGGCAAGACCGAAUUGUCCCUCAUACAUUUCACUCUGACAAAUCCCGAAUGGAAGCCGCCGUCCCAUGCGGAAAAUUUCGUAACUGCUCUGAGAGAAAGGGCUAAGAAGGAAGUAACUGCCGAUCCUGAUCCUUAUAAUAAUCCCCUGAUAGCUAGUUUGAACAGCCUGUCCGGUCUUGGUUACAGAGAUCAGGUAUCGAAUAUUAUUCGAAGUACGAUGAAUCAAGUGAGUGUACCUAGUAUGAGUAACAUUUUCACAAAUCAGCCGGGUACAUCAACCACGUCGGUCGGCGUUGAUCAGUCGUUUGCCACGAAAUCUACCAUUCUGCGUCGAGGUGUGUCCAAAACGGAAGGUCCAUUGCACAAUGAUAGAGGAUUCUUGUAUGAUUUGCAACAAGGUAUAUCGAAUCAGUCGCUAGGUGCUUCUGUAUUUGGAUCGGGUCACAGUUAUGUUAUGGAAACGCAUACAGAUCCAUAUAUACCUACAGAAUUAACCGCUGCUGAUAUGUCUUUGUCUACAUUGUACCUGCAUGAGCUUCAUCAUAGACAAGUAAGAAGAAGGGGUUAUCAAGAAAUGGCAACAAGAAGUAUAUGGCAGCGAAGUCCGGUUCAGGAACUAGCGACACUUCCCGAGGUUAGACAAGAAAGAAUACCUCUCCUGUUGCAUCAAGAUUCCUCUUUAAGGAAAAACAGAGAGUCCUAACACUAAAAAUUUCAUUUAAUAGUAUCUGAUU